CCAGGCAGGGGGUGUUUGUGGGUGCUUGGGCCCCUCCCCAGCCCUGGGGUGUCAGGGCCGAGGGGGUGCCCCCGCCAUCCCGGUCCCUCCGACCCCACCUGCCUCCCCCCGCCCCCCAGGCCCUGCCGUCACCAUGCCCCCGCGGCGCGCGGCCCGCAUCCAGGGCACCUCCUCCAGCUCCGGCUCCUCCGCCGGGCUGGGCACCGGCUCCAGCCCUGCGCCAGGCUCAGCCGGGGCACGGAGCGGCUCCCCGCCAUCGCCACCAGCCCCCGACAGCCCAGACCUCAGCAGCGGUGACUCUGGCAGCGACUUCGAGGACACGCUGCGGCUGCGCCGCAAGCGGAGACGCCGCCGGGGGCAGAGCCGCGGCCCCGUCUUGAAGCGUCCCCGGAGGAGGGAGCCCAGUGGGGAUGGGAGCAGUCUGGCCGCGAGCAACCCGGAGCAAAACACCCUCUUUGAGGCCGUCAGGUCGGCCAAGAUCGCCGUCGAGACGGUGGUGGACGACUGGCUGGAGACCUAUAAGCAGGACCGUGAGACGGGGUUCCUGGAGCUCGUCAACUUUAUCAUCCGCUCCUGUGGCUGCAGAGGCGUGGUGACCCUGAAGAUGUUCAGGCACCUGCAGAACUCGGAGAUCAUCCAGCAGCUGACGGAGAAGUUCGAGGAGGAUUCAGCCGAGUAUCCGCUCUCGCUGGGCACCCAGCCCUGGCGCUGCUUCCGAGCCGCCUUCUGCGAGCUGGUGGCAGCAGUGGUGCGGCGGUGCCAGUACAGUGUUGUCUACGAUGAGUUCCUGAUGGACGCCCUCAUCUCCCUGCUCACCGGCCUCUCCGACUCCCAGGUGCGGGCUUUCCGCCACACCAGCACCCUGGCAGCCAUGAAGCUGAUGACGGCGCUGGUGAACGUGGCGCUGGGCGUGAGCCUGCACCAGGAGAACAACCAGCGGCAGUACGAGGCCGAGCGGAGCAAGGGGCCUGGCCGCCAGGCCACCGACAAGCUGGAGGCACUGCUGGAGAAGCGCCGGGAGCUCCAGGAGCAGCAGGAGGAGAUUGAGAACAUGAUGAACGCCAUCUUCAAGGGCAUCUUCGUGCACCGCUACAGAGACGUGGUGCCCGAGAUCCGGGCCAUCUGCAUGGAGGAGCUGGGGACGUGGAUGAAGAGCUACACAGCUUCCUUCCUCACCGACGGCUACCUCAAGUAUAUUGGCUGGACCCUGCAUGACAAGCAGCGGGAGGUGCGCCUGCAGUGCGUGAAGGCACUGCAGGGGCUGUACUGCCACCGGGACACGGCCGCCCACAUGGAGCUCUUCACCAGCCGCUUCAAGACCCGCAUGGUGUCCAUGGUGCUCGACAAGGAACCGGACGUGGCUGUGGAGGUGGUGAAGCUGCUGACGCUGAUGCUGGAGAACACGGAGGAGGUGCUGACAGAGGAGGACUGCCAGAGCGUCUACCCCGUGGUCUACGUAUCCAGCCGCGCGCUGGCCUCUGCUGCCGGGCUUUUCCUCUACCGCAGGCUGCUGGACCCCCAGCGAGAGGCGGGCAGGGAGCCAUCUCGCGAUGGGGACAACAGGACCUUCUUCCGGCUGCUUCUGGCCUUCUUCAUUGAGAGCGAGCUCCACGAGCAUGCAGCCUACUUGGUGGAUAGCCUGUGGGACUGCGCUGGGCCCCGGCUGAGGGACUGGGAGACCAUCAGCGCUUUGCUGCUGGAGGAGUCACCCACCAAGGGCCUGGCAGACCGGCAGGAGAAGGCACUGGUGGAGAUCCUGGCAGCCAGCGUGGUCCAGGCGGCCGAGGGACAGCCCCCAGUGGGCCGCAGCCUGGCCAAGAAGCCCUCAGCCCGGGAGCGCAAGGCACAGGCGGAGGAGAGAAUCCGGCUCACCCACUGCCUCGUCCCAGCCCUGCCCCAGCUGCUGGCCAAGUUCUCAGCUGAUGCUGAGAAGGCGGCUCCGCUCCUGGAGGUGCUGCGCUGCUUCGAUCUCAGCAUAUACUGCACUGGGCGGCUGGAGAAGCACCUGGAGCUGGUGCUGGGGCAGCUGCAGGAGGUGGUGGAGAAGCACACAGGGCAGGCAGUGCUGGAGGCUGCGUCCCGCGCACUCCACGCGCUCUGCGACCCUGAGCUCGCCCUGCAUGGCCGCGGGGACCUGGUGCGCAGCCGCCUUGCCGACCAGCUGGCCGACAAGUUCCACCAGGAGGUCACCGAGCUGCUUCAGGCCUCGUCCCUGGACGAGGAGGAAGUGUACAGCAUGGCGGCCACACUGAAGAGGAUCUCCAUCCUGUUCAACGCCCACGACCUGACGCCCUGGCAGCUCUUCGAGCCCUGCACCCAGCUCCUGCAGCGCGCCUUGGACACGGGCGAGGUGCCGCCGCAGGUCCUUGUCCCUGCCAUCACCUGCCUCCACUUCCACAUCCUCUGGGAGCUCUCACACCUGCCCAGCACUGAUGUGCCCCAGGAGCAGCUGCAGAGCCUGAAGACCAGAGUCACCUCCUUCUGCUCGCUGUGCCAGAGCUGCCUGUCUGAUGUGGACGCUGGCGUCCGGGAGCAGGCCUUCAUGGUGCUCAGCGACCUGCUGCUGGUGUUCGGGCCCCAGCUGCCGCGGGAUGGGCGGGAGGCGCUGGCCCCCCUGGUGCUGCUGCCUGACGCAGGGCUGCAGUCCCAGCUGGCCGCCUUCCUGAUGGACCACGUCUUCCACCACGCCUGCAGCCAUGAGGAGCUCUCGGCUAUGGAGGACAGCGAGAACCACAUCGAGGAGCUGCACCAGCGCCGGGUGCUCCUGGCCGGCUUCUGCAAACUCAUCAUCUAUGACGUGCUGGAGCUCAGCGCUGCCUCCGACGUCUUCAAGCACUACGCCAAGGUAGGGGGCACACAGGAGGCCUGUCCUGCUGGCCCCGCAACGGCUUGGGGACAUCAGGCCCUGUCGCCUCCUCCCCAGUUUUACAGCGACUAUGGGGACAUCAUCAAAGAGACACUGAACUGCACCCGGCAGAUCGACCGGCAGGAGUGGGCUCGCACCCUGCUGCUCAGCUUACAGCAGCUGAUGACAGAGCUGCUGCUGCAGCAGGGCCCCGAAAUCCGGGCAGCCGAGGCUUUCCUGGAGAUCCGGGAUCUGGCACGGCGCUUCUCCCUCCUCUUCAGCCUCCAGCAGCUCCGCAACCGCCCGGCACUCCUCAGCAUGCACAAGGAGGGGAUCCAGUUCGCCUUCCAGGAGCCCCCGGGCCCGGGGCCGGGGCUGCCACCCCUCAACCUGCCCUUCCUUGAGGUGCUGAGUGAGUUCUCACCCCGGCUGCUGCGCCCCGACAAGGCCCUGCUCCUGGCCUACCUGGAGAAGAUGUACCAGGAGCAGCGGUGGCUGGCACCACAGGACGUGCCAUGGCCGUCCCUUGUCACCUACCGCAACUCCCUGCAGCCGCAGGAGGAGGGGGGCUCGGUGAACAGCCGCAGCACAGCCCCCCGCCCCCCACCCGGCUCUGCUGCCAAGAGACCCCGCAUAGAUGCGCCUUCGGAGCACCCCGACUCCAGCCCGUGGCUGAGCAGCCGCCUCCCCAGCCCAGCCCUGACCUCCACCGUGCUGCGGGGUGGCCCCCGGCCCCCGCUGACCCGGCCACCAGCACGGGACCCCGGCUCCGACCCCGGCCUCCUGCAGAGCAGCUCCCUGUCCCACCGGCGCAGUGGGGUGAACCGGCUCAGCCUGAUGGUGGAGGAGGAGGAAGAGGAGAUGAUGAUUGAAGAGGAGAGCAGUGAGGAGGACACCCCAGAGCAGGACAGGACUCUGCUAGCCCCCGAGGACCAGCUCCGGGACCUCUUCGACUCCACCAUCCUGGGCAUCGAGGACGUCUGAGCGAGGGACCCCGGCGGCGCAGAGCAGUUCGGUGCCUGUUUAUUGUUGUUACAAGCCCAAAUCUGGGGGAGCCUGGCUCCCUGGGCCCUGUUGUUUGGAGAUGGUUAAUAAAUACUCAGUUGACGGCUGGC